UAAUAAAUGACAACUACAGUCGUGUACCCCUCACUCUAUAGGAAGAUCUAAAAUGGCGGAUCUCUCGAUGCCGAAACUUCCUAACGUAAAGACAUUCAGAUCAAAAUGAAAAGAAGACAAGUUAACGCAACAAAACGACAUCAUACCUUCUCUAAUGUCUUCGUAUUUCGGCGUUUUCUUGGAAAGGAUCAAAGGUACGUUCUCAGUUCAUCUUGUUGUUAGCUAGCUAAAUCAAAGAUGGAAAUCCCGCUCUCUCGUUUCCAAAGCAUAUCACUGGAUCAGCUCCAAAGCAGUUCUAGUUCUAGCUUUCCAUGCUUCCUUUUGGGUUCUAAAAUUUUCACACAAGGAAAGAUUUCUUUCUUCUCUGCGUCUGACUUUUUUAAAACCAGAAGAAGCUUUAGGACACUACCUUUUCAUUUCAAUUGUUAUUCUCUUGAACAAGGACUACAACCAAGACCAAAGCCGAAACCCAAGCAAACCACCCAAAAUUUGGAACUAGAGAUUCGACCGGAAGAAACCCAGAUUAGAAAACCCACUUCAGGACUAUGUACUCGGAUAGAGAAGCUGGUGUUCUACAAGAGGUACGAAGAGGCACUUGAAUUGUUCGAAAUAUUGGAAUCCGAGGGUGAGUAUUACGUUGAACCUAGCACGUAUGAUGCUCUAGUGGACGCGUGUAUUGCUAAGAAGUCAAUUCGAGGUGUAAAAAAAGUCUUCAAUUACAUGACAGAGAGCGGGUUUCAACCAGAUCAGUACAUGAACAAUAGGGUUUUGCUCAUGCACGUGAAAUGUGGAAUGAUGAUUGAUGCACGACGAUUAUUUGAAGAAAUGCCUGAACGAAAUAUUGUGUCAUGGAACACAAUUAUAGCUGGGCUUGUUGAUUCGGGGAAUUUCAUAGAGGCCUUCCAAUUGUUUUUGCUCAUGUGGCGAGAGUUUUCCGAUGCUGAGUCCCGCAUGUUUGCCACAAUGAUUCGGGCUUCUUCUGGUUUGGGACUUGUUUCUGCAGGGAAGCAAUUACACUCCUGUGUGCUGAAGAUGGGAAUAAGUGGGAAUAUUUUUGUUUCUUGUGCUUUGAUUGACAUGUAUAGUAAAUGUGGGAACAUCGAAGAUGCUCAAUUUGUUUUUGGUGAGAUGCCGGAGAAGACAGUGGUUGGAUGGAAUACGAUUAUAGCAGGGUAUGCCCUUCAUGGUUAUAGUCAGGAAGCCUUGAAUUUGUAUUAUGAGAUGCGAGAUUCGGGUGUAAAGAUGGACCACUUUACUUAUUCAAUAAUUAUUAGAAUAUGUUCUCGGUUAGGUUCACUAGAACAUGCUAAACAAGCUCAUGCAGGAUUAGUCCGUCAUGGAUUUGGGUUAGAUAUAGUAGCUAACACAGCGCUGGUGGAUUUUUACAGAAAAUGGGGUAGGAUUGAAGAUGCUCGGCAUGUUUUUGACAAGAUGCCUCGUAAGAACAUUAUUUCUUGGAAUGCUUUGAUUGCCGGAUAUGGUAACCAUGGCCAGGGAGUUGAGGCUAUUGAAAUGUUUGAACAGAUGCUUCGUGAGGGAAUGGUCCCCAACCAUGUCACCUUUCUUGCUGUUUUGUCUGCUUGUAGUUAUUCAGGUUUAUCAGAUGAAGGGUGGAAAAUUUUUGAGUCAAUGAAUAGGGUCUACAAGAUCAAGCCUAGAGCGAUGCAUUAUGCAUGUAUGAUUGAGCUUUUAGGACGGGAAGGGCUCUUGGAUGAAGCCUUUGCAUUGAUAAGAGGUGCUCCCUUUACUCCUACUAUGAACAUGUGGGCGGCACUGUUGACAGCCUGUCGGGUCCACAAAAAUGUAGAGCUUGGAAAAUAUGCUGCUGAAAAGCUUUAUCGGAUGGAACCUGAAAAGCUUAGUAAUUAUAUUUUGCUUUUGAACAUAUACAAUAGUUCUGGGAGAUUGAAGGAAGCUGCUGCAGUUGUUCAGACAUUGAAAAGAAGGGGCUUGAGAAUGCUUCCUGCAUGCACUUGGAUUGAAAUCAAGAAAACAUCACAUGUUUUUCUUUCUGGAGAUAGAUCUCAUGCACAAUCAGAAGAGAUUUAUAAAAAAUUAAAUGAACUAAUGUUGGAGAUAGGGAAGCAUGGUUAUAUUCCGGAGAAGAAAUCUUUGCUUCCUGAUGUUGAUGAACAAGAAGAGCGGAUUUUGUCUUUCCACAGUGAGAAGUUAGCUAUUGCUUUUGGGAUCAUCAGUACACCAGAUUCAACAUCUUUGCAGAUUGUGCAGAGCCAUCGGAUCUGUGGUGAUUGCCAUAAUGUAGUUAAAUUGAUAGCCAUGGUUACCAGACGGGUAAUAGUCAUCAGAGAUGGUAGCCGUUUUCACCAUUUCAAAGAUGGGACUUGUUCUUGUGGGGAUUACUGGUGAUCGUACAAAUACUUCAUUGUGAGGUUCUCUUUGCUUACCCUCUGACACUAAGAGAAGAAACCUCAUCCUCUUGUGGAACGUGAGAAAAUAUACAUCUGGUUGACCUUUAUGUUGUUAGAGUAACACAUUCUCAUUAGUUGUUACAAAAGGAGAGGUUAGAUUAACACUUUGAUUGAUA